AUGCUAAUUCUCUCUCUCUCUCUCUCUCUCUCCCCCGUUCAUGACCCUUGGACAACGGGGUGGGAGCUGGUGGAGGUGCCGGAGAGCAUCUCGGUCAACACGCGGUACCUCAACCUGCAGGAGAACCACAUCCAGCUCAUCAAGACGGACACCUUCAAGCACCUGCGGCACCUGGAGAUCCUGCAGCUGAGCAAGAACCUGAUCCGCAAGGUGGAGGUGGGGGCCUUCAACGGCCUGCCCAACCUCAACACCCUGGAGCUCUUUGACAACCGGCUGACCACCGUGCCCACCCAGGCCUUCGAGUACCUCUCCAAGCUGCGGGAGCUGUGGCUGCGCAUCACCCCCAGCGAGAGCAUCCCCUCCUACGCCUUCAACCGGGUGCCCUCCCUGCGCCGGCUGGACCUGGGCGAGCUCAAGAAGCUGGAGUACAUCUCGGAGGCGGCCUUCGAGGGGCUGGUGAACCUGCGCUACCUGAACCUGGGCAUGUGCAACCUGAAGGACAUCCCCAACCUGACGGCGCUGGUGCGGCUGGAGGAGCUGGAGCUGUCGGGCAACCGGCUGGACAUGAUCCGCCCCGGCUCCUUCCAGGGCCUCACCAGCCUGCGGAAGCUGUGGCUGAUGCACGCCCAGGUGUCCACCAUCGAGCGCAACGCCUUCGACGACCUCAAGUCGCUGGAGGAGCUGAACCUGUCGCACAACAACCUCAUGUCGCUGCCCCACGACCUCUUCACCCCCUUGCACCGGCUGGAGCGGGUGCACCUCAACCACAACCCCUGGCACUGCAACUGUGACGUGCUCUGGCUCAGCUGGUGGCUGAAGGAGACGGUGCCCAACAACACCACCUGCUGCGCCCGCUGCCACGCCCCGGCCAACCUCAAGGGGCGCUACAUCGGCGAGCUGGACCAGAGCCACUUCACCUGCUACGCCCCGGUCAUUGUGGAGCCCCCCACCGACCUCAACGUGACGGAGGGGAUGGCGGCGGAGCUCAAGUGCCGCACGGGCACCUCCAUGACCUCGGUCAACUGGCUGACGCCCAACGGGACGCUGAUGACGCACGGCUCGUACCGGGUGCGGAUCUCGGUGCUGCACGACGGCACGCUCAACUUCACCAACGUGACGGUGCAGGACACGGGGCAGUACACCUGCAUGGUGACCAACUCGGCCGGGAACACCACGGCCUCGGCCACGCUCAACGUCUCGGCCGUGGCCCCCGCCGCCACCGGCUACACCUACUUCACCACCGUCACCGUGGAGACCAUGGAGACGGCCCAGGAGGACGCCUUGCCCACCAAGAAGGAGCCGGGCCCCACGCCCGCCGUGGGCUGGGACGUGACCUACUCCACCACCUCGCUGGCCCCCCGCUCCACCCGCUCCACGGAGAAGCCCUUCACCGUGCCCAUCACCGACGCGGCCGAGGGCGGCAUGAAGGACCUGGACGACGUGAUGAAGACCACCAAGAUCAUCAUCGGCUGCUUUGUGGCCAUCACCUUCAUGGCGGCCGUGAUGCUGAUCGUCUUCUACAAGCUGCGCAAGCAGCACCAGCUGCACAAGCACCACGGGGCCACCCGCACCAUCGAGAUCAUCAACGUGGAGGACGAGCUGCCGGCCUCGGGCGAUCUCGUCGCCAUGGCAACUGCUGCUGCAGAUCCGUAUCGCCAUGGCAACGCCACAGGCUCCAGGUGGUAG